AGUCUUGAAGAAAAUAUAAAUAUAUAAUUGUUAUUAAUUAGAAAAUUAAAAAUAUUAUUAUUAAGCAUUGUUGUAUUUUUCAAUAAUGUCAGAAGAAAAAAAAGAAGAUAAAGUUUACACACCACCUCCGAGGAAAACGAUUCCUGAUGAUCAGGGUGAACUUUGGGGACAUGAUCUGUAUCCUGAAAGGCGAAAAUUAAAGCAGAAAAAUGUUGUCAAUACAUUAAUGAUGAAGGAAGGCAAAGAAGAGCUUGAUAAAUAUCACUGUGAAAAACUUGUAUAUAAAUGUGUGAAGAAACAUCCACUAGUUCAAUUAAUGACUCGAGCUUUGAAAGCUUCUGGCUGUCCAAUUGAUUUACGAAGGCAUUUAUCCUGUGAAGAAUGUGAUCCCUCGGUAACUGGAGGUUACGAUCCGGAAUUGAAUCAAAUAGUAGUUUGUCAGAAUAAUUCUAAAAUUGAAGGGAUCAUUGGUAGCGUUUUAACUCACGAGAUGAUUCAUAUGUUUGAUUACUGUCGUAAUAACUUGGACUUUAAAAAUCUUGACCAUUUAGCUUGCACGGAAAUACGUGCAGCUAAUUUAACUUACUGCAGUUUUUUAAGUGCUUUUAUUGAUGGUGAUGCAUCGCCUUUUAAUAUGAAGAAGAAACAUCAAGAGUGUGUCAAAAGACGAGCCAUGCUGUCUGUACUGGCUGCCAGAGGUGUUACGCCGCAAGAAGCUACCGCUGCGGUUGAAAGAGUUUUUACUAGAUGUUAUAAUGACAUGGAGCCUAUUGGUAGGAGAAUAAAACGUAAUACUGGUGAUAUGGACAAAGCUUUGUAUGAAGCAACACUAUUUGGUUAUGAUUAACUUUAUAAGUUAAUUUAUUUACUGUAGUGUAAAAAUGUUUUAAAAAAAUUAUUUGAUUUGUAAACAAUAAAA